AUGGAAGAGAUUGCCCCCGAAUAUGAUGUUGUCGUGCUCGGCACUGGUUUGACCGAGUGUGUUCUUUCCGGUGUUCUGAGUGUCAAGGGAAACAAGGUCCUCCACAUCGAUCGCAAUGAUCACUAUGGAGGCGAGGCUGCGUCCGUGAAUAUCGAAACGCUGUUCAAGAAAUACGGCAACGUUCCCCCCGGCGAGGAACCUUGGAAGAAAUAUGGUCGUGUCAACGACUGGAACAUCGAUCUGGUCCCGAAGCUCCUGAUGGCCAACGGCGAGCUGACGAAUAUCCUGGUCUCCACCGAUGUCACAAGAUACUUGGAAUUUAAGCAGAUUGCCGGCAGCUAUGUCCAGCAAGGCAAGGGACCCAAGGCUACGGUGGCGAAGGUGCCCUCCGACGCGGGUGAAGCUCUGCGCUCCUCCCUGAUGGGCAUGUUCGAGAAGCGACGGGCUAAGAAGUUCCUGGAGUGGGUGGGCGAAUUCAAGGAGGAAGACCCCGCGACUCAUUCGGGACUUGAUAUCUCUAAGUGUUCCAUGAAGGACGUCUACGACAAGUUCGGACUGGAGCCGAACACCCGGGACUUCGUUGGUCACUCGAUGGCCCUCUACCAGUCCGAUGAAUACGUUGAAAAGUCUGGCAUGGCUCCCGACGCCAUCAACCGGAUUCGCCUGUACGUGAACUCCAUGGCUCGGUACGGCAAGUCUCCUUAUAUCUACCCGCUGUACGGUCUUGGUGAACUUCCCCAGGGUUUCGCCCGUCUGUCUGCUAUCUAUGGAGGUACCUACAUGCUCAACACCAGCAUCGACGAGGUUCUCUACGACGAGAGCGGCAAGGUCUCUGGAAUCAAGGCCACCAUGAAGGACCGUGACGACAACGGCGAGACCAUGAAGUUCACGACCAAGACUAAGAAGAUCCUGGCCGACCCGUCUUACUUCCCGGGCAAGGUCCGGGUGACUGGCUACUUGCUCAAGGCCAUCUGCAUCCUGAAGCACCCCAUUGACAAGACGGAUGGCAGCGAUUCGCUGCAGCUGAUUAUCCCCCAGUCGCAGGUCGGACGGAAGCAUGAUAUCUACAUCGCCAUGGUUUCGUCUGCACACAACGUAUGCCCCAAGGGUUACUACAUCGCGAUUGUCUCCACCAUCGCUGAGGGUGAUGCCAACCACCACCUGGAGCUCGAGCCUGGUUUCGAGCGUCUUGGAGCUAUCGAGGAGAAGUUCUUCGGCCCUCCGAUCCCGAUCUACGAGCCUCUGGAGAGCGGCGAGAAGGACAACAUCUUCAUCUCUAAGAGCUACGAUGCCACCUCUCACUUUGAGACUACGACUGACGAUGUGCGCGACAUCUACAAGCGGGCGACUGGUGAAGAGCUGGUUGUGGAGGGUCUCCGCGAGGACCAGCAGCUCGCACAGGAGUAG